UGACUACCCAUUGCGCACACUACUCCAACUUGAAAAAUCCUGUCACGAGGCUGGUUUUCUACGAGUGGCCUGAUUCCAGUGUUGUUAUAUCCCAUCUUACAGCUUGUGACACCAUUCUCGAUGAGUUACGAUCAAUUCAAUGAUGAUCCUCGUUCACAUGAAGGAACUUGGGAAAGACUAUCUCAGGUUGCUGUUAAGGGUGCUGAGUAUGACUCCCGCGAACGCCAGCCCCAUCCGAAAUGUUUGGACGGAACACGGGUGGACCUUUUGGACUACAUCUACGGAUCAUUGGACAAUAAGGAGAAGAGUCGACUCAUUUGGUUGCAUGGGACGGCGGGUGUCGGGAAGUCUGCAGUUGCAUUUACUGUAGCCCAAAGAAUGAGAGAUCUGAAAGCCGCAGAGCAGAUGAAUAUUGAGAAGCGGCUCGCCGGCACAUUCUUUUUCUCGCGCAAGCACACCGAGCGAUGCACUACUGCAUAUUUUUUUGCAACGCUUGCAUAUCAGCUUGCCUGCAAUUUCCCCAGCAUCCGAGAGGACUUGAACAGAGCCAUCCGCGAGAAUCCUGCUCUUCUGCAUCCCAACAAAUCUCUUCGCAAUCAGAUGGAGGGUCUCUUUCUGAAACCUCUGCGGAAGCUCCAAUUCAGACUGCGCGAGUGUCCACCUUCCACGUUUGUUGUCGACGCCCUUGAUGAAUGCGUGUCUGAAACCGAGGUUGCAGAUCUCAUCUCCCUACUUGCCUACGCCCUUCGUCAGCCCGAUUUGCCCGUAAUCCAUAUCCUACUCACAAGUCGCUCAGAAGCACAUAUCUGCGAAGCCAUUCGAGGUGAAGAUGUGUACCCGAUGGUGUGCGAGAUACCAGUGAAAAUUUCCGGAGAGGGGGUCGCUGCAAUCAUCUCGUUAGACGGCGCAGAUGUUGACAAUGACAUCUAUAUCGUUCUUGAACACUUUUUCAGAAAGCUGCGAGCUCAACGUUCAUCUUUCCCGCAGCCAACGAGGGAUCAACUUGCUCGGCUGGCGAAUCGAGCAGGCAGACGUUUCAUUGUGGCGUCUAUGAUGAUGAAGUUUAUAGAUGAUGGAUACCAUGAUCCUCGUGACCGCCUCCAGCUGCUGCUCGAAUUCACGAGCGAGCUGCUACCAGGAACGGAGGUGUACAGAUUAUAUGAUAGUAUCCUCGCUACAUGUACCGACCCCACUCGGGCAUACCUACACCUGUCCGUUAUCGCCACCCUUGCAGAUCCUCUACCGAUUCAGCAAAUCUCAGAACUUCUAGGUCCUGGUGAGGGUAAGGAUAUUGAGACAACACUAGUGCAGCUACGGUCUGUAAUAAAUAUCCCUCCUGAUAACAGCCCAGUGAACCUCUAUCACUCGUCCGUUCGUGACUACGUUUCGGAUCCUUCGAACUGCAACCUCCCUAAGGUACAACAUAUCAGACACCCCCACUCCCUACUUGCUCAAUCCUCUUUCCGCUUGAUGAUACAAGCCCUUCCAGCAAGCACGGCCCUGCUGGACGCUCUGUCAGAAUUGAAGAGACAGAGCCGAGCUAUACCAUCCCAUGACUUACAGAUCUUGAAGCACUCGUUAUCCUUCAUCAUGCAGCCGCCGGAGCCGCUGCAAGCUCUUAUAGGCCUCCUAUGGCUCCAGGGAGUUCACAGUCCAUAUUUUCAAUGCUGGCUGAGGACUCCGGAUGGGCAUUUUUGGCUGCAAAACGAAAUGGGGAGAGACUGGCUACGGACGAAGGAAGGGAAGGACUGGUUGCAGACGGAGGGAGCGAAAGAUUGGCUCCAGACCUGGAGGGGGAAAUACUGGUUGCAGACGACUGGCGGACAAGAUUGGCUGCAGACACAGGGCGGGUCAUACUGGCUGCAGACUCAAGGCGGAAGGGAUUGGCUGCGGACCUUGAGCGGCUUGGACUGGCUGCAGGAUCUCAUUGUCAAGCAGAUAGAGCUUCGCCAGCUGCGGGAUGAGGAAGAUUAUUUCUUGCAGACUGUAGACACCGAUCUGGAUGAGAACAACUGGGACAAUGAGGGUGACUUUGACGAGAAUCAACAGGACAUUGAGCCUUACUUCGACGAGGAUUACUGGGAUGACGAGGAUCACUUUGAUGAAGGUCGUUUGGAUGAUGAAGAUUACUGGAACAACGAUAGUCGUUUUGACGAGGAUCUAUGGGACAACAACAAUCAUUUUGACGAAGAUCACUGGAAUGAUGAAGAUCACCGGAAUGACGAGGAUUGCUUCACCGAGGAUUGCUGGGACAACGAUGAUUGUUUUGACGAGGAUCCCGGGGACUACGACGAUCAUUUUGAUGAGGAUACCUAUGAUUCCUGGGUGCAAGAGUAUGAGAACCGUUGGCCGCAUAAUGAGGAAGAUCCCUGGCUGCAAACUCCGAUCGGACGGCAAUGGCUGGCCGAGGUCGGGCAAAAGUGGUUGCAGACUCAGGUUGGGAAAAAGUGGCUACAGAUCCAGGCUGGGCAACAAUGGUUGCAGAUCCGGGAUGGGCAAGAUUGGCUGCGAAGCCGAGGCGGGAGAGAGUGGUUGCAAAGUCGAGGUGGACGAGAAUGGCUUCAGACUGAGGGCGGUCAAGACUGGUUGCAGAUCGAGGGUGGGCGCAUCUGGGUGGAGAGCCAGGAUGGACGAGACUGGCUGCAGACCCAGGCUGUGCACAACUGGCUGCGGACAGAGAGCAGGCAACAAUGGCUGCAGACGGAGAGCGGGCGAGAGUGGCUGCAAACCAAAGGAGGGCGAGAGUGGCUGCAGACGCCCCAUGGUCAAGUAUGGCAGUCGACUCCUACAGAAGAUUUCUUGGGUACAUUGGAAGCAAUCAGCGAGCACACCGCUAUCUCAGAAUUUCACUCACUGCCAGCUUUUCAAGUAAUCCAGCAGUUCAAGAGCUUGCCAGAUGUCUUGAUGUUUCCGGCGUUCCUGGCGUUCAGUCAUCAAGACCAUCCCAUCUCUGCAUCACCACGAGGUCCUUUUCCACCGGACAUGGAAAUCAUCCAUGCCAUGACGGCCUUUGUCGACUUCGCAAAGGAUGCACUGCACCAAAGUCAAUCAGCUUCCGACGCCCUCAAGUACACUUGCAAUAACUGGGUUGUCCAUCUCUCGCAAGCUCGGGCUCCGUGGGAUGAUACACUUAACCAUUUGUUCAAAGUUUUCUGGACUCGUCAUCUUCUCUCCUGGCUCGAAAUGCAGUGGUGUUUGAAGGGUCUGCGAUCCUGCCUCUUUAUUUUGUCCGAAGGGCAGGAACUUGCAAAGGCAAAAGUCUCCCAGUUUUAGGGUCAUCAGUAUGGAUCCGUCGAUUUAUACGGCAUGACACCACCUUCAUAUUGCGCAUUGAUACCCUGUGUGGAGGUCGUAUUUUUCUAUGGUCGUAGAUUACAUGCUCUCAGAUCAUUGGAUGGGGUGGAUAAAUGUAUUCAUUGUCGUUCCUCUAAUUCAAAGCAGUAGUAAGUCGACAGUGAGAGCACACUCACUCGAUUCUUGCACCUGACCAAGCCUGGCGCUCGUCCUAUUGAAUCGCUCGGCUUGUAUUCUUUUCUCUAUACCGAUCAUGAAUACUGCCCUUGUCCCAGUCUGAUUUACUCGUAAUGUCGACGCGUUUUUCCUCACAAACCUCCUCUCAAUAUGAUCACUAUCAAAU